AGAGGUUAGGGAUCGUCAAGUCAAGAGAGUGCGGAGAGUUCGGUGGGAAUUCGCGCAGCCUACGCGUCAAAGACGAGAGAAUUCAUUUUCCGACAUUGGGAGUCCCCGGAGGAUCGCGGAACUUCGCGCUUCCGUCUCGCGUCGAGUGUCCUCGAGAUCCAAUUCCCGAGUAGGUCCCGUCACUCCCGUCUGGGCCCGUUGACCCGCCCGUGUUGACCUACCCUCAACGACUCUCGGCUGACAUGAGGUUGAUUCGAUAAAAAUUGACACCCUGCGUGAUAAGAGGUCCAUCCAGAGGCAUGUAAAUAAGCGUCAGGUGAUUGGAAGUAUUGGAAUAUCGUUCCGUGCCAUCUUGACUGCGUGGUUCCGCGAGACAUCCACGAUUCGUUAUUAUUUCGUUGCAACGUCGCGCCCGAUUCAAGAUGUCUGAAAAACUGCCGAGCAAUCAACCGCAGCCCAUUGUCAAGAUAGGUCACUAUACGUUGGGCCAGACUUUGGGCGUGGGUACAUUUGGUAAAGUAAAAAUUGGGGAACAUGUUUUAACGAAACACAAAGUCGCCGUGAAGAUUCUGAAUCGCCAGAAAAUCAAGAGUCUAGAUGUCGUGGGUAAAAUUCGCAGAGAGAUACAAAAUCUCAAGCUCUUCAGACAUCCUCAUAUCAUUAAGCUAUAUCAGGUCAUAAGUACGCCGACAGAUAUAUUCAUGAUAAUGGAAUACGUCUCGGGAGGAGAGCUGUUCGAUUAUAUCGUUAAGCACGGCAAGCUUAAGGAAUACGAAGCGCGACGAUUUUUCCAACAGAUCAUAUCGGGCGUCGAUUAUUGUCACCGGCAUAUGAUAGUACAUCGUGAUUUAAAGCCAGAAAAUCUUCUGUUAGAUCACAAUCUUCAUGUGAAAAUUGCGGACUUCGGUCUGUCGAACAUGAUGAUGGACGGCGAGUUCUUGCGUACCUCGUGCGGCUCACCGAAUUACGCUGCGCCAGAAGUGAUAUCCGGUAAAUUGUAUGCCGGUCCCGAAGUCGAUAUUUGGUCAUGCGGCGUUAUAUUGUACGCGCUACUCUGUGGUACCUUGCCAUUCGACGACGAGCACGUUCCUACUCUAUUCCGCAAAAUUAAAUCCGGUGUCUUUCCUAUCCCAGAAUACUUGAACAAGAGUGUUGUUAGUCUCUUAUGCCACAUGUUACAAGUGGAUCCAAUGAAGAGAGCGACCAUUGAGGAUAUCAAAAAACACGAGUGGUUCCAAAAGGAUUUACCGUCGUACUUGUUUCCCUCACCUGUCGAGCAAGAUUCAUCUGUUAUCGAUAUAGAUGCCGUGAACGAAGUGUGUGAGAAGUUUAAUGUGAAAGAGCCGGAAGUGCAUUCCGCGCUGUUGGGCGGCGAUCCGCACGAUCAACUGGCGAUCGCCUAUCACUUGAUCAUAGACAAUAAGAGAAUCGCGGAUGAAGCCGCCAAGGCAGAAUUAAAAGACUUUUAUGUGGCGUCUAGCCCUCCGCCCGUAGCGUUCAGCCCAAACGAGACAAACAGCAGUCCACUGAGGCCUCAUCCAGAAAGAAUUGCACCAUACCGCGAACGUCAAGGUUCGCAAGGUAGCGCACCUGCGCAGAUGCAAGGCAAUCGCGGUACGCCUGUGAAGAGAGCGAAAUGGCACUUGGGAAUUAGAUCGCAAUCCAAACCCAACGACAUUAUGAAUGAAGUUUAUCGUGCUAUGAAAGCGCUUAAUUUUGAAUGGAAAAUCAUAAACACAUACAGCGUUAGAGUAAGAGAUAAAAACAACUUGACCGACAGAUAUAGCAAGAUGUCAUUACAAUUAUAUCAAGUCGACCAUAAGAGUUAUUUAUUAGACUUCAAAUCUUUGUCCAGCGAAGAAGAGGACAUUGGACGAGAUCCGACAUUGCCGCCUCCGCAAGCAACGGGUCAUCACACAAUGGAAUUUUUCGAAAUGUGUGCAGCAUUAAUUACGCAAUUAGCACGAUAGCGUGCCUGCUUCUUUUUUAAAAGUUGCAUUAAAUCCUGUUAUAUAUUGUGCUUUUAAAAGUGUAUAGUUUGAAAUAAAUGCAGGUGUUGUAAGACACAUUAUAUAUAAAGUCUUGCCUCUUACAAAUUAAUUUUGAAUAAAGGCUAUAUUUUUCGA